GUCACACAAACCGUCACCGACAGCAUCUCUGAAAGGUUCAAGGAACCAGUCGUCAUCUCUUGAGUAAAGCACUUUUUCGCCCAGGGGCUUUAGGAUCAGAUCGUGCCCAAUUCGGCUACAGGUGUACGUCAGCUUUUCCCAGGCCAACCCACCAUGGCGUUUAAUUCGUCACGGUGUUUGGUUCUGUCUGCCAUACCUUACAUGCCAUUCCUCAUGCUGUCGGACGAUCCCCAGACCGCCAAAAUUACUGGCGGGACGAUGCUGGAAGUGUUCAAGCUACUUUCGGAAUACAUGGGCUUUUGUUACAGGUAUGAAAUCUCGAGGGACUACGCCGGAGGUCUGAAGCUGCCCAACGGCUCGUGGACUGGGGUCGUUGGCAAAAUUCUAACGGGGGAGGCAGAUAUGUCAGCUAUAGGCCUAGGCAUAACGGAGCCUAGGGCCAAAGCUGUGGACUACUCGGAGUUCCUGUACCAAGACGAAUGGACGGCGACUUAUGCUCGACCCUCCCUCGAAUCAGACAUCGCUGGCUUCGUGAAGCCCUACACUCUCCCUAUGUGGCUAAUGAUACUGGCGACGGUAGCGCUAUCAGUAGGCGCCAUCUUUUUCACGAGAGCGGCUAACGACCGCUUACAACAGAGGUGGGGCAAUGGAGUUACUGAAGAGGUCAGCACCACUUCAGGAACGUCAGGUGUAGGUGAGGCCUGCAUGUGGACUUUGGCAACUCUUCUUUCACAGUCCAUGCCCUGGAAAGUGGAUGGUUUACCUGUGAAAAUGAUCACUUGCUUUUGGCUACUGGUGUCUUUCAUCCUUGGCAACGUUUACCGCUCGAACCUCAUGGCUAUGCUCAUCCUGCCCAAAGUAGCCCUGCCCUUCACUAAUCUUGAUGAAUUGGUGAAAUCUGGCCUCCCUGUGUGGGUGCCUGUCUAUUCUGUGCUCCAUCUGAGUGCCAUGAAUUCUCCGAGGAAUACAUCGCUUGGUCGCCUCUACAAUCAGUUUGUGAAGCCUGAUGACUUUGUCGAUAUUGCAAAGGCCCUGAGGGGAGUUCACGCCAAACAGUUUGUCAUUACUGGACCUCGAACAGCUAUGGAGCAAAUCACGGAUCAGUACUUCUCCAAGUUGGGUUACUGCUCCCUGUACGUGAUGCCAGAGAGUAUGAUGACACUAAUAAACCUGAGCCUGCUCUUCAGGAAAGGCUCCCCGUUGAAAGCAAAGUUUGACCCAGUAAUCAUGCGCCUAAAGGAAACUGGUAUUCUUCAACAUUUAUACAAGAAAGCGGUAGCAAAUGCAACUGAAUGCCUGAAGCCAAUUACCAUAAGUCCCGGAUCCUCAUCACUACGACCACUGGAUCUUAAAGAUUUCUUUGGAGUCUUCAUGAUUUUUGGCGGAGGUUCUUUUAUUGGUCUUCUGGCAUUCCUCAUUGAAUUCUUGGUGGGGCAUAAAAGGUAAAAAUAUUUGCCUCAGUUGAAGAUGACGACAGCCAAAUUACAUGGCAAAUAUGGAUUUUUUGACCCCAGUUACGGUAUAUCUACUGAAUGCUUAAACAACAAUGUAAUUUCCUCAUUUACCAUGUACCAUGUAAAUCUCAAUAUGGUAUUUAUUUUAUUUUCCA